GGCCCCUGAACGCACCGUCAGCGCUAGCAGCAUCGGAGGAGCCGUCGUCUCGUCUACAGAGGGGGGACAUCUAAAACUGACAAGGGCGGAAAACAGCCAACCGUGCAGAAAAAAACAGCAGGAAAAACACCACCGGGACAAAACUGAGGCGCGGUUUGCGUGUAAGACGAGCCGAGAGCCAGCGGAGCUGCAGAACCGGGUCGGGCGGACAAUGGAGAUCCCGAAGCAGGCCAGCGGAGAGAGUUUUUGUUAGCGGGGCUGAAGAGCAGAUGGAGCUCCAGGCCUCUCACGGUGUUUUUCCACGGAUGAAGAAAAAGGCCCCGCUGACAGGCAGGAGGGACCCCGUUCUCACGGCACACUCCCCGCUACAUGUUGGCUCACUUUUCCUCCCGUGUUUCUGAGCUUUUUCUGCGCGCACACGGCGGACGCUACGAGGUAAAAAAAACAAAAACAAAAGCCGUUCCUCCUCAGCAGCAGCAGGAUGCUAAUUUUGUUAGCCGCUAAGCUAACCGUUAGGCUAAAGCGGUUAGCCGUGUUAGCGGGAUGCCUGCUCUCUGUGAGUUUGGGCUGGUCACUUUUAGUCACUGUUAUAACACUUAAUAUUGAGUUAAACCUUAUUUAAAACACUUAAUUUAUGUUUCUGGUUUAAAUUAAAAAUAAAACACAUUACUUUAGACCGUUAGCCUCACUUCUACUACAUCUGAGAGCUACUUUUACGUGUCUCUGGUCACUUAUCUUAUAUCAUUCAAACUAUAAUUAUGUUUAACAUGUUAACGGUGUAUCAUAUUAGUAUAUUUUGCAUGUUGCACAUUACUGCGAAUGCAUUUAUUUACACUCUAUGUAUGUUUGUGGUUCAAAUUAAAAAUAAAACGCGUUACUUUGGACCGUUAGCCCCACUUCUACUUCAUAUUAGAGCUACUUUUACGUGUCUCUCUGGUCACUUAUCUUAUAUCAUUCAUAUUUUAGUUAUGCUUAACAUUUGAGGGGAGUAUUAUACAAGUAUAUUUUGCAUUUUGCACAUAAUUACAAAUGCAUCUACUUCUAUUAUAUAUUUUUAAAUGCACUCGUGUGUGUAGGGAUGUAACGAUUUGAAGAUGAAACAUCGCGAUUAUUGUGAUCAAAACUACCGCGGUUAUCGAUAUUAUCGCGGUAUUGUUGAAAUAUGUUUAAAAAAUGUCUAAAAAGUACUUGUACACACUCUGAAAUCAUUUAACAAAGUUUUAUUUAACAUGCAGAAUGAACUUUUCCUUAACCUUAAAUAACAGAGGAAUGAUAAGGUUAAAAAAUUAAAGACGGGGCGUUAAAAUAGCCAGAGGUAAUCAACACUAGUACUAGUAAUAACAAAGUACAAAGUACUGUGCCAGUGGCAUAAACAUUAACAUAAUAACAAAUAGAUAAAAUUUAAAUAAAAUGACAUUCCUUAUUAUGCAAAUUGUAGGAACCUACAGUGCUCAAAAAGAUCUACUCUUACAAAUAUAUCACAGAGCAACACUACUAUAUGAAACAGUACAACCACAUGUAAACAAAUGUGUCGUGCAGGUGUUUAAAAUAACAUAAAAUAUCAAACAAAUCAAAUUAACCACACAGAUUGUCCGUUUUCUCCACCAUACAGUGCUGCUGCUGAUGUGUUCAAGCCAUAGUGGGUGUCUGUUGUGCACUGAAAUGUUUUAUAUUGAUAAAUGUAGACAAUGUUUUGCUUCUACUAUGUUCGGUAAUGAAGUUGACGUAAUGUACCUUUUAAAAUAACCACAACUUUUUCAGUGCCAAAUGUAAAGUCUAAUAGUUUCCUGUCUGAUCAUGUCAACACAGACUGGAACUUUGGAAGCUUUCUGUUCAGUUAUUGAGCUUUUCUUUGUUUUGCAUUAGUUAUUGUUGUUACUGGUUACAUUCUCCGUCUUUUUCUUUUACCCUGAACUUUGAGCUUCUGUAAUGAGUGAUUUUUUUUCUCAAUGGGAGAUGCUGGCGGCUGCCGGUCAUUGAAGGUAGUUUUAAUCGUCCAACCUGUUUGAUUAUCAUUCAAUUUCUUUCAGGCUGUCCUCUUGGAGACAUUGGGUGUCGGCGGCUUAAGCAGGCGGUUUACCCCCAACAUCAGCGGUCCAGCUGGGAACUCCAUACAUGUAGAACAUCUGGUAAGAUCGAGAUUCCUCCAUAUUAUCAGGCUGAGAGCUUUAGUUUGUCACCGGUGCUCCACUCCAGAUUUGUGUGAUAAUAUCAGGAGAAAAAGUAGAGCUUAUCUCAGACUUAUUCUGUGUCUCAAGAACUUUUUUUUUUUAUUCUUCAAGUCCGCUGGCUGCUCAGAGUGAUCUCGAUAUUGCGUCGCUUCUUUUACGACUUACUCUUUUACAGCAGUGGGGUGACUUAACCCAUCUGUGACAAUCCUAAUGAAAGCAGGACAUUACAGGAGUGUAGAUGUGGUGCCAUCAACUAGCAGUAUGACAAAAUCUUGAUUUAUAAUACGCAAAAGUGUUUUUUUAUAUUGGGUGAGGCAAGAUCCCUCUUCUUUGCAUCCAGUCUUGCUCACCCUGUCAGGAUUUUAAUACGCAUCCCUACCCGUUCACUCUGUUUUUUCCCUAUCUGAUAAGCAGAAAGACUUAAAAACACACUUUGAACAUGUUUGAGCUGCUUUUUGCUCUUGAAAAGUAGAAAAAAAGUGUGAACUUCUGCUUCAUCUCACUUGAAAGCACUGUAAAUGUCUUCACUGUGAGAUUUCCAGGCCUUGAAAAUGGGAGUCAAGAACUUCCAGAGGAACCCCGCUGUGCUUCAGUGACGCUGGGAUUUGAGGAGUCGGAUUUUUCUUUGUCGUCUGAGGAUCUCAUAGACGCUUAAACUCACAUAGGGAUGGUAAUUCUUUCGUUUGGACCGCACAAAUAGUGGAUAGACCCAUCAGUUUCUCCUGAAGCUGCACAUGCAAACCCCAGAGUUUCUCAUUUAACUAUAAAUUCAUGCAGGCGUUCAAUAGUUAAUGGUGAUUAAUUUAAAUUGCACCUUUCCGGCGCUUGACCCAAUUCCCAUGUUGUAGUGAGUAUCAGAACAUGAACCCUUAAAGUUGCUCCAGGCUGAUUCACUGCUGCCGCCUCACAUAAACUGAGAUUGACUUUAUGACGCGUUCACAGCAUAAGUCCACUUCAAAGUCUGUAUUUGACCUUAAGUCCAGACUCACUCUGGUCCUGAAUUGUGGUGUACCGACUCCCAGAUUUCUGGUAAAACUCUAGGCAGUAGGGAGAAAGAGUUGUCUUCUCUCAAAUUACAGGCAUUCAUGUUUUUCAAAGACACAAAAACCUCCAGAGCUUCGACUAACAGCAGUUUUUAAUAUAGUUCAGACAGAAAUGAGCAUAAAUUUCUGCUGUAGUGAUUUUUAUGACCGCUGAGUUUUUUUAAAAGACUCCUCAGAUCCAGGAUCAGCCUCCCUGCUCUGUGAGUCCCCCUGCGUUGCUCCGCUGAGCUUCAGACUGAACACAGAUGUGACAGCGCACACGAGGAUGUUUAGCUCCUCUGGUUUCUGUCUCAGGGGACGGUUGUUAACGUCUGCGUGCAAAAGCCAGAGCAGGGUCGGACUCGGCCUCAGAUUUGAGAAAGAUCUGCAGCUAUUCAGGAGAGGAAAGAAGAAGAACUUUCAGAGGUUUUACAAGCUGAGGAAAAAGCAAAAAGUGUCAUUAUUUGUAUAAACGGAUUAAGAUCAAUUCUAAGUCUUGAAUCAGAAGUUUUGGGCUGACACCUGUUGCUGGUCAAGGCCAUAAAGAUGUCAUACUAAUCUUAUAAUUUUUAGAAAAAGACACAUUAAGGUGAUUUUUUUGCAUAUUUAGGCGAAGUUGAAAUGAUGCACACAGUCCUGCAAAGCGUGGCGGAUUCUGUAAAAGGACUGCGGGGUUAAUAUACCAUAUUUUUCGCGCUAUAAGGCGCACUCAAAAUCCUUUUGGCUUGUUGGAGCACUGCAGCUACCGUAGCCUCGCGGAGGUAUUGAAUGAGUUAAAUAAAGUUUGACUUAUCUAACUGUUUUGUUUGGUUUCAUGCGCUUUAUAAUCCGGUGCGCCUUAUGUAUGAAAAUAGACGCAAAUAGACGCAUUCAUUGGUGGUGCGCCUUAUAGUGCGAAAAAUACGGUAAGGCUUUUCAUGCCACUAUGCCAAAGGUCGCAGAAUCAAGACGGGUCGCUCCUCGCCCUUAGUUUGACCUCCUCCAACUGCGGUCGCCCUCGCAUUAAAAUUUCGCGAGUUGCAUGUUUUCAUCAUCUUACACGCUUUGUAAGUUAUCGUCUUACCAGUGUAGCUUUUGUUAUAAUAGGAUUAUUUAUAGUAAUCUGGAGACCACUGCCCUUUCCUCACAUGCUGUAAUCUGUUGGAUUUUUUUAUGUACAACAAGAAAAUGUGAAAGUGUUUCCAUAAUCCUUUUCUAUUUUUGAUCGAUUUAAACGAGAUCAUAAAAACAACAGUCUCCUGUCGCAGCCUGCAGGAUGCUGUUGAAGGUAUUGUGAACCGCGUUUGUGAGAAAAAAUCCUCUCUCUUACUGGUUCAGACGUGGAGGUUAAGACCCCGAAACAUGAACAGUAUCAGUCAGAGGAGUUAAUUGAAGAUGUGGAUCUUUAAAUAUCAGAUUUUAUACGUUACAGAGCAGCUUUUCUGCCUCGCUGAGCCUAAAUGUCAACUCUCAGCAGCAGCUCUUGUUGUCCUCUCGCACGUCGACCAGACCACCUUUUUUAUCUGGCAUUUAGCUCUGUGUGUGUGCAUGUGUGCCUGUGUGUGUGUGUGUGUGUGUGGAGGCGACAGGCAGCCAUGUUAUCCUGCAGGAGCUGGACAGGAGUGGUGUGGCAUUUUGAGCCACCUCUCUCUCCCUCUUUUCUCUCUCCAGGCCUCCCAUUCAGCUCUAUAGUAUCCACAAUUUUACUCUCACACUUUUCAAUGAACAGAAGACUCGUUCAUCAAUCCCUCGUUUCGCUCAUUAUUGCAUCCAAAUGUCAGUUUCAUGAACAGAAACUCGUAGAUGAAAGUUAGGUCUCCAUAUCCUCUUUAUUUCAUGUUUUGUUUUUGCUCUCUGUAGUUAAUCCUUUGGCUUUGUUCCUGUUUUUUUUUUCUCUCAAACUUCAAAACAAGGUCAUUAAAGCAGCCAGCUCACAUUAGCACAAUGACAGGAAUACUUCAAAAUCAAAGUAAAGACUGUCUGGUUACACACAGCGAAAGAUUUAAAGAUAAAUAUCCGGCAGCUGUCGGGUUCACCGGGUUCAAACCGGCUGAUAUUCAAAUCCAGACGGUGAAUAUUAGUCUGGAAAAUCAGAGGAGCUUUCUAGGAUCUCCACAGUUUGCAGAAUAACCGUGCAACAGCUGCACAGGACCUUCAGACAGGGACAGUUUCCUCUUUGCCAGAGUCGGACAUUGUACUUUUGUUUUUAGACAAGCCGUUUUAGAUUAUUCUGACAGAAAUAGCAUCAUUUCCUCUGCUGCUCCCAGUUUUUUAAAGCUUCAGACUUGAUAACAUCUUGUGGGAGAAACUAUGUACUCAGGAGUUAGAGCAAAAACAUUGGAGUGCAAUGUUUCCUGCUUCACCUCGUACUGGUUUUCUUCUCCGUGUCUAAACUUAUAUUUUAAUUGACCCAAAAUUAAUUUCAAAUAAUAGUACUUAUGUCGAACAAUAAGACAAACAUUAUUUGAUCAAUUUUUAUUGUGCCCCUAAAGUUCUUUGUGUGCUCCUUACUUGUUCAACUUAGGAGCACAUGAACUCCUUCUGAAGAAAGUUAAUGUCAAGCUCUGUGGAUGAUGGUUUCACAUUUCCCUGUUGAGUCGCUGAAUAAAGCCGUGAUUUUCUUUCUUCUCCUGCAGACCGCCCGAGAACUCCAUGCAGGGACCGACGAGCGGUGAAGCGAUGAUCCCUCCUCCACUGAAUUAACGGACUCACUCCUCUUCAUGGGACAGCGGACCUGACUUUAAACCUCAGCACACGGUUAUGGAACACUUAAAAGAAACACUACAGACUCCGUUUUUUAGUAUAGCUCGGUUUAUUGCCUAUUUAUGAUCCUUUUUUGCAACUCCCCUCAGAAGCACUUGAAGGCUUCCCCCCUUUGAUGGAGAGUAAAAGUAUUAGUGCUACAUUUAUGUGAUUGAAAACAAGCAUCGGCUUUGGUGGAUUAUAGCAGCUGGUUCGAGGUCUGGGGUGGGGGGGGGGAGUAGAAAUCCCGGCAGGACUACCUCUGCACACCUUGUCGGCUUGUCAAAGGGCUCACCGCUGUUUCCCAGCGUCUACAGUCUCGGUGCACGUGGCAGUUGUGGCUUCGUGACACUCGACCCCGGCUGCAUUGGGAGAUGUUCCAGUUCAGCAAGUACCCCAUGGACAUUCUAGAGAUGCUCAGCGGACACCAAGCCCACCAAUUCAAAGGCCUUGGAUUAGAGCGGCAGCUGAGCCAUCAACAGCAGGUGCAGCUGCAGCAUCAGCAGCAGCUCCAGCAGCAGCACCAGCCCUCCGCUGACACCUCUGGAAGCCUCCUGUCCGGCCUCGGGCUCGGAUCCCUCCAGAGUUCGCGGAGUAAUGCCUUCGCCGACUCCUCGUCCUUAUUUGCCAAAAUGAGCGCCCCUCCUCCUUCCAUCUCCCACCAGAGCCAGUCGUCCUCCUCCUCUCACAGCUCGAGGAAGUCCAGUAAAAUGGGCAGUAGCAGCAGCAGUGGGAGUGGGAGCUCCUCGUCGGGGUAUCCUCAGUUUCUGCGGCCUUUUCACCCGGCGGAGGCGGCGCUGGCUCAGGAGCAGCUUCACUCCGGGAUGGGGCGCUUUGACUUCGGCGGGAGCAGCAGCGGAGGAGGCGCCGGUGUAAUCGGAGGGGUCGUCACGCCUGCGCCUCCGCCUCCCCCGCUGCAUCCGGGCCUCUCUGUCCCCCAGCCUUCACCUGGCCCCCCAACAUCUUCGCCUUCUCCUUCCACCUCUGCGUCGGCUUCCAACAACCCCUCUGGCAGCACCGCCGUCCCUUUAGUCGGCCAGUCUGACCCCCGCAGCCUCCACCAGCAGUUCAGCUGCAUGCUCGCCGCCAACCAGUACUUCCUCUCCGGCGUCCCCACCAACAGCAGCCUGGAGCAGUUCCUCGUCCAGCAGGGCACUCACAAUCACCUGGGCUUGGGUCUGGGCCAAGGAGCCUCCGAGUCAAACUCCGCCCUCGCCCCUCCUCCCGCCCUACACUCCUCCCACAGCCACAGCCACACAGCUCCACAGCCUCAACAGCAGCAACAGCAGCUGACCCCUCACGCCUUAUCACACCCACACAGCCACACUCACCACCCUCAUCCCCUCCACCCGGCCCCCCAGCCGGCCCCACUGGGUGGCUUUGAUUUCCAAGGCAUUCCAGUGCUAUCCUCUAACCAGAUAGCAUCGCUAAUGCAGCAAGAGGCCGGCCUGCCCCUCCCCCUCCCCCUGCACCUGUCCCUCUCUAAAGACGAGUCAGCCAAGGCGGGAGACAGCUCGUCCACGUCAGGGUCAGGUGGAGGAGGGAGCAGGAGGAAGAAAGCGAUGGCGGGCUACCUUCCUCAGAGGAAGUCGGAAAGUAGCAGCCACAGCAGUCACAGUCACAGCCACAGCAGCAGCAGCGUUACGAACUGCCAUAACAGCAGCUCGAGUGGGCACAGCCAGAGCUCCUCAUCGGGACUGGUGGGAGGAGGAUCCGGGGGUGUCGGGAUAAGUGGCAUCGGAAGUGAGCCGCCGCAUUCCUCCCUCCUCUCAUCAUCCUCUCAGCAGUCAUCCUCCACCGUCUCUUCUUCCUCGUCUGCCCCCUCCUCUAACUCCACCUCUGUGCUCGUAGCAAACGGCAACCAACAUAAAUCACAAGACGGCCACAAUAACAGCUCAUCAGUCCAGUCCGAACCUGAGCCCCUUUACCACUGUGGUGAGUGUGGUAAAACUUUCACCCACCUCUCCAGCCUCAGAAGGCAUCUACGCAGCCACGGCCUGACCCCAGAAAGCCAAAGCAGGAAGCUGGACUGUAGCUCCCCGAGCCCCGAGAGGAUAUUCUGCUGCGGCGAGUGCGGCAAGAGGUUCAAAAAGAGGGGCCACCUCAUCCAGCACAGCGUCACCCACUCCGAAAACCGGCCUUUCGUCUGCAACGUCUGCCAAAAGUCUUUCAACCGGCGCGAGUCGCUCACCAGACACGAGAAGAUCCACGACGAGAAGCCUUUCCGAUGCCCCGCGUGUGGACGAUGUUUCCGAGAGAGCACCUCCCUCCUCAACCACGCUGCUUCCGGCGCCUGCGGGAAACCUCCCAGGAGCUCGAAAAACCGGGCGAACACCAGCGGGAGCGGCUCGUCGAACGCGAGCAGCAGUAAAAUGAGAAGCAGCGGAGACUCUGUGGGACUUUCGAAUGACGGCGCGGUGAUGGCGAACGACAAAUAUGCAACAGAUUACUCCAGAAACCGUUACCAGAGCCAGUCGAGCUACAGCAGCGGGAUCGACGACUACAGGCGGUCGCAGCCCUCGUCGCUGUACCCGUCAGAAAGCACACUAGCCAGUGAAAUAACCAGCCAGACGCUCCGGAAAGCCCCUUUAGCCCCUACUCUUCAUCCCCACCCCACGAGCCAGCAACAGCACCACCACCACCAAACUCAGCCUCAACCACAACCGCAGCCUCACCUCCCACUCUCCUCUUUAUUGGAUGAUUCAGAGGACGAGGACACGAGCAGCGCCAUGUCGGCCAUCGCUGCUGCAGCCGCCGCCUCCUGUGAUAUAAACACAGAAAGUCGUGAAGGAGAAAGGAGGGACAUCAUCGGGGGUUUGUUGGGGGGGUUGGGGUUUGGUAACUUAGGUGGACCGUCAUCCACGUCCAGCCUCAACGGAUCCACCAUGCCUUUGACCCACCCCAGCCAGCCCCACAUGAAACCUAAGAGGCCGAGGAAGCCGAGAGAAAAAAGGGACCCGAACACGAUCGUGAGGCGGAGGAGGAGUCCCGCACCACCGGGAGACGGAUCGGAGAGGCCGUACGGAUGCCAGAUAUGCGGCAAGCGCUUCAGAAGGGCUGAGACCUUGCGGCGCCACAACCGUGUCCACACAGGGGAGAAGCCGCACGCCUGCGAGGUCUGCGGCAAAAUGUUCCGCGAGCCUUUCCACCUCACCAAGCAUCUGACGGUGCACUCUGGACAAAAGAACUACAAGUGCAACCUGUGUGGGAAGUUGUUCGCUUAUGCACAGAGUCUGGUGAGACACGGGAAGCUGCACAGGAGAGGAGAAAUUGACAACCAGGGCAGGAGAAUUAAAGGUGCUGCAGCUGCUGCCGCCGCCGCCGCCGCUGCCAUCAGUCAGGUCCCGAACUCUGCAAACUCGAACUACUUCUCCUCCUGCUCUCAAGGAGAGAAGUCUCCAACACGAGGCACUCCCUCUCAGAGGCUCUACACCUGUACGGUAUGCUGGAAGUCUUUCCGCCACUACUUCCACCUGACGGCGCACCAACAGACGGUCCACGGCGGCAGCGUGGGGCUCGACAAGUCCUUUCGUUGCGAAGUGUGUGGAAAAGCCUUCGCCUACUCCAACAGCUUAGUGCGCCACAAGCUGUCUCAGCACGGCAUCGACCGCAGCGGCCAGCGAGCCAACCAGACCCAGCCCUCCGGAUACUCGCCACUCUUCUACGAUUCUGGAUCAGGUUCAAACUACACUGGGGCGGCUCACAUGCAGCAAGGAGCCGCGGGGCAACAACAACAACAACAACAACAACAACAACAGCAGCAGCAGCCACCACAACAACCACAACAACAGCAGCUGCAGCACCCUUUUCACUACCGCUCAAAAAACUACCAAAAGCGUCUGGGACUAACAAAAAAGCAAAGAAAGAAAAAAAGGCGGGUGGUGAUCCACAGCAUCAUGAGAGAUGGAAAGCUGGUGGGGGUCCCUCUAAGUAAAGACACCCGGAGGAAACUGAUGCUUCUGAGGAAGAGGAGGGGCAAACUGCAGGCACAGCUCAACAAAAAAAAGCUCCUGGCCCAGCUGAGGAUGAAAAGCGGGGUCAUGAGGGUGAAGUCGUGGACGGGCGGUGCCGUCAAAGUGGCGGGGCUCACCUCCAUGGACAUCCCUAUCAAGCGCUUCCCCUGCCCUAUCUGCCCCAGCGCCACCUACGCCAAGCAGGGCUCCCUGUUGGUCCACUACGCUAUCAAGCACCCCCCGAGAAACUCAGGGCGCCACGCUCGGCUGCGGUGCCAGGUGUGCGGGAGGCGCACAAGCUCACUACACAAAGCCUUGAAACACAGGGGCCAGCAUCUGAAACAAGCCGCAUUCCAGUGCCACAAAUGCCGACACCGAUUCUGGAGCGCGGGACUGCUGGCCCGGCACAAGUUCUCCUGCCGGGGGCUCACGGCCGGCAGCGCGGGUGGAAACUGGGGACUGCUGAAGAUGAAAUCUCCGCAGUCUCAGUCAGAUAGCGAACAUUCACCGAUCCACCUAUCGGUCCCAGCUCUGGUUCAGCCUGAGCGAUCAACAGUCCUGACUGAGUACAGUCAGUAAAAACAAACAAACAAAAAAAAAAACAGUUUUCUAGUAUAGAUUGUUUUUAUGUUUAUUUUUUUUAAAUAAUCAAAGAAGCUACAAGAGCUAGCGAGUUUUUAACUGAACAAGACGGGAGGACGGGGGAGGGUUUAGUGUAACUACCGUAAUAUCCCCGACACCGCUCCCGAUAAAUCAGUCCUAACUUACUACAGCAGAGGUGGUGGAUGAAUUAGCAUGGACUUCAAAAGGCCUAAAAUCAGAAGCACCCUCCUUAUCUACCCUUCUCCUCGAGGUGAAGGAAAUCAUGACCAUCUGAGAGUUUUAGUAGCACCUACUUUAAUCCAGUGUCCUUUCCAUCAUAUUUUUUUAUUUUCGAUUAGCAGUGUUUGCGCAUACUUAUGGAUUUGAUGCCUAUAGUAGAAGUGAGGUACCUUUUUAGUACCAGUUUAUUUUUUCAGAUUGUUCUUACAUAAUCCACUGUUAAACCGUUUAGUCCGUGUCUCUUGCUCUGUAUGUGUUUUAUUUGUUAUCCCGGUGGAGAUUCUCACUUUCGAAACUCGAGAUCAGCCCUUAAAAGUAAAUUCAAAUACCUGACCUGACUAAAAAGUCGAGAGUACUAGACUAAAGAUGCGCUGAAGUGACUGAAAAGUAAAGGAGGAGGUGUGGGGACGAAGCAGAAAAAAGUGUUGUUGACCUUGUUUUUAAUGUACACUACUUUGUCAUUUUUUUAGAAAGAGGCGUGAGCGGAGAGGAAACACGACUCAAACUGUUAAUGUGUUCAGGAUUUUAAAAGGACAACAGAAAUAACCAAGUGUACUGUAAAAUUCGUAUUAUAUUUUAUUAUAUAUUGAUUAUUUGCUGUUUUUUACUCCAAGUAUCAUUUCUUUUAUCAUUGUUGGUAUUGUACGGGCGGGAGGGAAUGAGUUGGGGCUAUCUUUGUAAAACAGCGGGACGAGUAUAUGUAUUGAUGUGAUAUUUUUUCCCCCCUCCCUGUACCCCUUUUUACCCACUCCCCUCAUUGCCACAGUUAUGCCCAAUUUUUGUAACAAAAGCGUGUACACAUAGUUCAUUACUUAGGUCCUGUCCAGACGUGUUUUUUCUUUAUUUUCUGUAAAACUAAAACAUGUAAUAUUAUUACUAAAUUACUAUCCUUUUCUUUGCCUAAAAGUGAGUUGUUGAAAACCCUCAAAUCAAAUAAAAAAACCUGAAAUGUUAACUUA